AUGCGCAUCAAAGUCAGAUGCUUCCCUACUACAUCCUUCUUCUUGCCAAUAACACGCCCCAUGUGCCGCCAGAUUUUGUUCUUUCUCUCAGUCCUCCUAGUAGUAUUGUUGUUGGUGUUAAUACUCAGCAAAUUUUGGAGAUAUUCAGAAUUUUCAGAAUAUGAGCAUUCUAACGUUUUUUGGCUUUGGAAAGACGUAAUUUUAUCGCCAGCUGAUUCUUUAUGGCUAAAACCAGUUCAUUUGCAGUAUCCUAAAAAUAUACGUUUUGUCAUAAACAAAUCAUUAGAAACUUCAGGUCCGUUGUCUCAUUUAUUACCACUCAGUUCAAUUCCAAAUCUACGACAAUAUAUUUCAAAUAUUAAUAAGGUGCAAUACGUAAAAAACGAAGACCUGUAUGGUCAACUACCAACAAGAGAUAAUUUCAACUCUACAAGAUCCUCUCCUAAACAUGUUAUGAUAAUACAAGUUCAUAAUAGAUCUAUAGAGUUAAGUCUGUUAAUUGAAUCGUUACGACGUACAAAAGGAAUCGAAACAGCCCUCAUUAUUUUUUCUCAUGAUUUCUAUUCUGAUGAAUUGAACAAUCUUAUCGGAUCUAUUCGCUUCACUCGUACUGUUCAAAUUUUUUAUCCCCAUUCAAUGCAACUAUUUCCAAACACCUUUCCUGGUACUGAUCCAAGAGAUUGUAAUAGUAGAAUAAAACCCACUGAAGCUAUGAAUAUAGAAUGUUUAAAUGCUCGUUGGCCAGACACAUUUCAGCAUUAUCGUGAAUCACAUUUUACUCAAAUUAAGCAUCAUUGGUUGUGGAAAAUUGAAUUCGUAAUGAAUCAUUUUUAUCCAACAAAAUAUUAUAAGGGUUACUUCAUCUUAUUAGAAGAAGAUCAUUUUGUUGUAGAAGAUAUUUUAUAUAUGUCGGAAUUUAUUAGUAAAAAAUGUUUGGAGUCCUUUAAAAACUGA